AUGUCUAACUACGAGAAAGAAGGACGUCCGAUACAGCGCAGGGGGAUGAGACAGCCAUGGAAUGAAGAGGACCCGAGAUUGUUCGCAGAAGCGGUAAUAGCUUGGUACCUGUCGAGUGCCGACAACACCGAGAAUGAAUGGCGCCUGUCAAGGGCCUACACCGAGAGACGACUAUCGACUGCCGACACGGAGAAAGAAGGACGCCGCCUGUCAAGUGCCGACACAGAGUUCGAGCCCGAUACCCAUGAUUCCCACUUCGUCGACUGGGACGGCCCGGACGAUCCCGCUAACCCGCGCAACUGGUCGACCGGUAUACGCGUGGGCCACGUCGUGAUCGUCAGUCUGAUCACGCUCAUAGUUAAUCUCGGCAGCACCAUGUUUGCACCCGGCGCCGACCAAAUGCUCGCGGAAUUCAAGGAGACUAACACGGUCGUCGCGCAGCUCUCCGUGACCAUCUACCUUCUUGGCUUCGUCGUCGGCCCGCUGGUCGUGGCGCCUCUCUCGGAGCUGUACGGGCGGCUGUGGAUCUACCACAUCUGCAACGCCAUCUUCCUGGGCUUCGCCAUCGGCUGCGCCCUCGCCAAAAACAUGCCCAUGUUCAUCGUCUUCCGCUUCAUCACCGGCUGCGCCGGAUCCGCUCCCCUGACCAUCGGCGGCGGCACAGUGGCCGACGUCAUGCCCCAGGAAAAGCGCGGUGCCGCCAUGGCUGUUUUCGCCAUGGGGCCUCUGCUGGGCCCCGUCAUCGGACCUGUCAUCGGAGGCUUCCUCUCCCAAGAAUUGGACUGGCGUUGGGCAUUCUGGCUCCUCGCCAUGAUCUCCGGCACCAUCUCCUUCAUCUCCCUCUUCGUCAUGCGCGAGACGAACGGCCGCGUCCUCCUCCGGCGCAAAGCCGCGCACCUGCGCAAAACGACGGGCGACACGAAGCUGCGGACGGCGACGGAGCUGGACCUGACACCCGCACAACUGCUCCUGCGCGCCGUCGUGCGGCCCGCCAAGCUGCUCAUGCUCUCGCCCAUCGUCCUCUCGCUCUCCCUCUUCUGCGCCUUCGUCUUCGGCCUCGUCUUCCUGCUCUUCACCACUUUCCCUUCCGUCUUUAAGCAGCGCUACGGCUUCUCGCCCGGCAUCGCCGGCCUCGCCUACCUCGGUCUGGGCAUCGGCAUGCUGUUCGGACUCGUGCUGUUCGGGGUGCUGAGCGACAAGGUGCUGGGGCGGAUGGCGAAAGCCAGGGCGGCCGCCGCCCAAGCUGCCGGUGCGACUGGGGAAGACGCGGCGCCGCAGCCGGAAUACCGGCUGCCGCUGAUGGUGUGGUUCGCGCCGGCCAUGCCCAUCGGCAUCUUCUGGUACGGGUGGAGCGCGUACAAGCACGUGCACUGGCUGGUGCCCAUCGUCGGCACCUCGUUCAUCGGUCUGGGUGCGCUGUUCGUCGUCAUGCCGGCGCAGAUCUACCUGGUCGACGCCUUCGACGUCGAGGGCGCGGCGUCCGCCCUCGCCGCAAACACCAUCGUCCGCUCGCUCUUCGGCACCUUCCUGCCGCUCGCUGGCCCCAAGAUGUACGCCGCCCUCGGCAUGGGCUGGGGGAACACCCUGCUGGGCUUCUUGGCUCUCGCCUUUGCGCCGGUGCCGAUAGUGUUUUACAAGUACGGCCGCUAUAUCAGGACCAGGUGGGCUGUGAAACUCUGA